CUAUGCCUUGUACUUCUCUUCCAGCAGUGAUGAGGAAUUUGAAAUGUUUUUAGCUAGAAUGAAAACUCCCAAACAUGUUCCUAAAAAGGCAGAUGCAAGCUUGAAUGACUUCAUUGAUGACUCAGAUGAUUUCUUCUUGGACUUGAAAGUGAGAAAGAGCACAACAGAGAAUGCACAGAAGGAUCUUCAGACCCCAAAGAAGUUAAUAACUUCUGGAAAGAAAAGCACUUGCCGGCAAGAACUGCAGUAUCCAGAGACUUCAAGUGACAGUGAAGAUUCUGUUUUUGUAGAAAGUCCAUGGCAUGACUACCAAAAAGGGGGAGUGAGAGAGAUUCAGGAGGGCAUAAAGCUUUCACCUCCACAAAGUCUGAAGAAGCUCAGGGUGUGCACAGUGCCUGGCUGUUUCUUGCAAGAUCUUUCAAGUCCAACUUCUUACUAUGUGAAGUAUUUCAAGAAGAAUAAAGAGGAGCUGGCACAGAAGCUCUACAGUCUGUUUAAUAGUACCAUCUUUGAGCAGAAGUUACCAGAGAAAAUGGAAAUACUCUGGAAUAAGAAAAUGAGAAAAACAGCAGGAUACUGUGUCACAGGGCAGACCAAAGAUCCUGAGGCAAAGCGUUACGCUCGCAUAGAACUCUCUGAAAAAGUCUGUGACUCUGCAGGUCGCCUUCGAGACACACUGAUCCAUGAGGUUUGCCAUGCAGCCACGUGGCUGAUCAAUGGUGUUCGUGAUGGACACGGACAGUUCUGGAGGUUCUAUGCCAACAAAUCAGCUCUAAUUCAUCCAGAACUGCCAGUAGUAACACGGUGCCACAGCUAUGAGAUCAACUACAAAUUCAUCUAUGAGUGUGUUCAGUGCAAAGCUACGAUUGGUCGUCACUCCAAGUCCCUAGACACGGAGCGGUUCGUGUGCGCGUUCUGUGGGGGGCAGCUGGCCCUUCGCCAGACCUCUCGGAAGGCAGGAACUCCUGCCAGGACACAGCUGACACCCUUUGCUAAGUAUGUGAAAGAAAACUAUGGCCUUACUAAAAAGAAGCAGCAGGGGCUGAGCCAUGCAGAAGUCAUGAGGAAACUCAGUGCUGAUUUUGCUUCAAAAACCAAGCUUGAAGAGUCCUUACUGCCAGAUGCAGGAAAAGUCCAGGCCCACAAGCCAAAGUCUGGAUUCUGUCUGAAUGACUUCCAGGCAGAUGGACCGAGCGGCCUGGGGUUGGUCGCCGUGCCGUUCCUGAGCCAGGUCUCCAAGCCACCAAAGGCAUCAAGUGGUGCCGAAACCCGGGAAUAUCGCCUGGAUUCAGGUGAACGGCGGCCGGAGCGGCUGGACCAGCCCGGUGGGGAGGACGCUCCUGGACCAACAAGGAGGAUGGAAGCCCUUGUGAAGGUUGUAUUAGAGGUACAUAAGCAGUGGGGUAUAGAUUGUAAACCCAAAGACUUUACGCUUGCUAUUGCAAGGCUUGUGCAAAUUGGGGUCAUUGACCAGCCGGUGGAUAUUCUCCACCCCGAAGUGUGGGAUAAAUGCACUAAAGCAUUAGCUGAGGAAACGAUGUCCUCCGGUUGUGGGAAAAAACCUUAA